GACCUCUAUGGAUAACAUGGAGACCCAACCGCUAGACCUCAGCGAAAUUCCAGCGUUGGAUGAAGAAGACCUGAGAAAUUCCGGUGAAGCACCAUUGGAUGCCGAUGGCCUUCCAUUCUGUGCUCAAGAGAAGGGUGAGUCGGAAGAAGGAACAGAUGAUGAAGAGGACGAAGAAGAGAAAGAAGAGAACGAUGAAGAGGCAGAGCAGUGCAAAGAAACAGAUCUCGAUGAAGAUGAGACAGAAGAGAAGGAGGACGAACAUGAGCGGUGGUCACAGGUUUCAGAUAGUUGGCUUACCAGGGCUUACAUGAACCCAUUUCUGAAAAAGAAUCCAAAUUUCAGCCCACCCAGUGAAUGCAUUGACCUCACAGAUACACCGAAGAAGCAGUGUGAGGACAAAGCUGGAAAGAAACACCAAGAAGCCAGUGAGGAUGAAGUUUCAGGAGACAAGCGAGAAGAAGAUGAGGAUGAGAAAGGUGCGGAAGCACAGAGCGAAGAAGAUGAGGAUGAGAGAGGCGCCGAGGAGAAGAGCGAAGAAGAUGAGGAGCAAGAGGAGGAUCAGCAGAGUGACAAAGAUGAGGAUGAGAGAGGUGCAGAGGAGAGGAGCGAAGAACAAGAGGAGGAUCAGCAGAGUGACAAAGAUGAGGAGGAGAAAGACGCCGAGGAGAAGAGCGAAGAAGAUGAGCAAGAGGAGGAUCAGCAGAGUGACAAAGAUGAUGAUGAGAAAGGUGCAGAGGAGAGGAGCGAAGAAGAUGAGGAUGGGAGAGGCGCAGGAGAAAAGAGCGAAGACGAUGAGCAGCAAGAGGAGGAGCAGCAGAGUGACAAAGAUGAGGAGGAGAAAGGUGCCGAGGAGAAGAGCGAAGAGGAUGAAGAUGAGAGAGGCGCAGGAGAGAAGAGCGAAGAUGAUGAGGAGCAAGAGGAGGAUCAGCAGAGCGACAAAGAUGAGGAGGAGAGAGGCGCAGGAGAGAAGAGCGAAGAUGAUGAGGAGCAAGAGGAGGAUCAGCAGAGCGACAAAGAUGAGGAGGAGAGAGGUGCAGAGGUGAAGAGCGAAGAUGAUGAGCAGCAAGAGGAGCAGCAGCAGAGUGACAAAGAUAAGGAGGAGAAAGGUGCCGAGCAGAAGAGCGAAGAAGAUGAGGAUGAGAGAGGCGCCGAGGAGAAGAGCGAAGAAGAUGAGGAGCAAGAGGAUCAGCAGAGUGACAAAAAUGAGGAUGAGAAAGGUGCAGAAGAGAUGAGUGAAGAAGCUGAUGAUGUGAUGGACAUAGAAGAAGAGAUUGAAGAAGAUGAGGAGCAAGAAAAUGAUAAGGGGGAGGACAAGGAAGAUGAGGAUGAGGAGGCUAGCAGCCAUGCUCCAGCAUCACCACCCCCGAUAAGCCCACAGCCUGGUCCAGACUUGUCAUCAGAUGAUGAUUCCAGUGGGGAUGACAACUGCAUCCCUGAACAACCGAACGAUACAAAUGAGAUUAUGCAGGCUGCACAACACAUGCUUGACUACCUGAACGCAAUGGAAGAAAGGCAGAAAAGGCAAAAGGACUGGGAGACUCUUCACCAUCAAUUGGAAAGCAUCACACAAGAGGUUACCAGUGACCUUUCAGAAGAAGAGAAAACAGUAAAGGAGAACAAAAUGUGGGAAGUUCUUAUGAAACUGCAAAAGCUGCGUGAAGCAUCAGAUGAGGCUGCUGGUGUCUACCAUCCUCGAGCAGCGGGAUGCCGCCUUCGGGAAGAAGCUCUGAGAAGAAGUUACCAGCCAAGAGGCCUGCAUCAGCGUCAAAGGCUGGCAAGCCCAAGUGUGGCAAGGAAAUAUGAGCUCCUAAGAUCCAUCACCAUGCAGGAGUGGACCGUAGAGGUGAGGAAACGUCUUCAUGGGAAGGCCAAAGGUCAGCUCUACAAAGUCUUCAAAAGGAAGAAAGACCAGAAGCCUUUUUACACCAUGAAAGAGGCCAAAGAAUGCGGAUUCGAUGAUCCUGAUGGGAAAGUUCCAGCGGCAAUUGCCGAAAUUCGUGCCAAUUUGGCAAAGAAGGGUAGCAAAGUCAAAGUUGAGGUGGAAAUUUGUUCAGGAGAUGCACAGUUCACUCGUGCUCUUUGGCUUUGGGGAACUUUGCCGAACUUAUCCAGCCUUCGCAAACCAAUCGAUCUCAAGCAGUUGCGGGAUGCCCUUGCCAGGACUGAGUUCACACACAUCCAGUGGAUAAGCAAGGACUGCAAGUGUGAUGAUCUAGCUGCCAAAUCCCUGGCAGAGGAAGAGGAAAGAGUACGAAAUGGUACAAACCGUGGCAAUUUGCCGGAGCCCAGAUAG